UGAUUCUUAUUAUUAUCUAGAUUUGCAGCAGCUUCAGCUUUCAUUUCGUAAUAUCUAAUAAUUUAUUUACUAAAAGAGUGUCUAAUGCUACUGAACUUAAAGGUGAAAUGAGAUGAAGAUAGGCCAUAAUUGUAUGUAUUACCCAAGAGAAUCAUUCAUGCGCAGUAGGUUACCCCAGCAUUCCAGUUCAUGGCAGAUUUUAUAAGAAGUUUAAACCAAUGUUGGCUUGGCUUGGCUCAACAGCAUCAGCUGAGGCAAUUUUCUUUUAAAAUUUUGGUGUUUUAAAAAUCGGUUUUGAUCUUGGUGCAUAGUUGUCAGCAGAAGGAAAAGCACAUUUUCAGCUCAUUCCAUCAUUGAUCUGUAGGCAUAGAAGAAUUGGGGAUUUUUCAGCUUCAGAAGCCCAGAACAGAGAGACAGCAUAUUUGCACUGUCCAUUUCUUGUAUUCAGUGCUUUGGGACCCAUACAAGGAGCUUAAUUAUUCAUGUAUUAAAUGUAUAUUUGGAAUUGCUUUAGCAUCUUAGCAUUUUUAUAUAAAGCACGGAAUCUCCUCUAGAGUUUUUUCAAAAAAUGGAAGAGUCAUCCCCACCCCUUCUUCACCACUUGAUAGCUAAUUAUCCAAAAGGAUGAAUUGUAGUAAGUGAGAAAUUUUUGUAAGAAAUGAGGCUCCUCAUGUAGAGCACAAGCUGAACAUAUCCUUGUGCUCUCCACAGGGGCUGAGGAGCAUUCCUGCAUCUGGCAGGGCUCAGAUGGGUUCCCUGGUGCUCUCAGGAGCCCCAGCCCAUCCCCCUGAACACAGGUCUUGUGCCAGAGUGGCUAGAAGGAAAACUGAUUAUUAAUUCUGCUUUUUUUGCUGUGGCACCUUGGAGAGCAGAGCAGGGCCUCAGGAGGGAGGUGCUGUCCCUAGGAGCAGAGCAGACCUCCUCGGCCCUGUUGGGAAAUUCUAGUAGAGGAAUAGUUAAACACCUGACAAUGUCAGGAUUUCAGAGACUUGAAAUAAGGAUCUGAAUGGUUAGAUAGCUUCAACGGUCUGAAAAAAAAGAACUCCAACAAACUUGGAUUCUGUUUUAAUUGCUAUCUACCCGAGUUCAAGUUAAAGCAGUGCCAUAAGAGUUAAAACAGCAAGAGACCAAAAAACCUGGAGGAGGAGGGUUAAGGAAGGGUUUAAAUUUCUUUUUGCUUUAGGGAAGUGUGGUUUGCUGGGGGUUCUUAGGCAGCGGGAGGUGCAGCUGUGCCCGUGAGGCCGCGCGUGCGGAGCUGUGUCCAGCUGGGCCCAGCAGGAGCGGGAUGUGCCUGUGGAGCAGGGCUGGAGGCGGCCCUGGGGAUGUGUGGAGGCCUGGGGCAGCUGUCCCGUGCAGCCAGGCUGGGAGAGCCGGGGCUGUGCAGCCGGGAGAGGAGCAGGGGCUGGGGAGGCCUCACUGUGGGCCUUCCAGUGUCCAGAGGGGGCAGACAGCCAUGGGGGAAGGGGAAGGUUGGGAUCAGAUGUUUGCAAGAGCUAGGAGGGUGCUGAGCCAGUGCAACAGACACCUCAGAGAAGCUGUGGAUGCCCUGUCCCUGAAAGGUUCCUGGCCAGGCAGGACAGGGCCCUGAGCACCCUGAUGGAGUGGGUGGCAGCAGAACCAGGCCAGGGCUGUGGUGCCUCCAUGGCCUUCUGGAACUGCAUGGGUGAGCAAAGCGCAGCCCCGUUACCUGGGCAUGGAAUGUUGGCACCGGUUGCCAGGGGCACUCCAAGGUUCUGUUGACACGGGGUCUGUUGAGCCAGUUGAUGGACUCUCUGCAGCGCAGCAGACGCAGAGUGUCCGUCUUCUCCAUCCCAGCUGGGAAUACAGAGGCGUUUGUUUAUAUUUGCGAUCCAAACUUUGGACUGAUUGUACAGGUGUUUGUCCCACUCACUUGUCCAGUGCUUUUAGAACACCAAACACCAUGAGCUCACGAAAGCGCCCUGGAGAUACGCUUGACACGGGUCCAGCAGAGAAACAGAGCAGGCUGCUGACCUCCGGAGUCGGUGAAAGUCUGCAGACAUAUCCAAGAGACCUCGAGGAAAGAGGUUCACCUGCUUUGGAGCCUGGUAAGAACAGAAACUGCUGCUGGACGGUUGGAGAUCAUUGGAACAUGUGCUUUUGUCAGUUCCUAGGCCCUUUUCUGGGGAGAAAGGGAACCUUGGGGUUGAGGAAGGUGGGCUUGAUGCCUGCUAUGGCAUCCCUAAACAACAAGCCCACUGACAGCUGUUUUGGUUUCUUACUGAACUCUGCCCAUUGGCCUCUAGUGGGAGAUGAGCUGUGUAGCAAAGGCCCCAAGUGCUGCUCAAACACCUGAAUGUGUGCUCUGACGAGCUGGCAGUGACUGCAGCUGCCACAGUGGAGGUGGCAGGCUGAGUUUGGGAUCUCCCAAGCUAGACAAACAUGAACAAAAGAUAGUAGUCGGUAGCUGUGGCCCAUUCUUCAGGGGAACAUGUACAGCAUG